GGACAAGGCCCGGGCGGCACAGGCCGCUCCACGGCACAGUGCCAGUCCUGGGCCCCUGGUGAAGGCAAAGACUGUGAAGAAGCCGGAGGGCACAGAUACCCCCCGCACCUCUCGUGCCAGUGCUCUCCAGGCAGUGGCUGCCUCGGUGCAGAGAGCGGUGGCUGUGGCAGGUGGUGAGGUGCCCGUCAGCCGUGGGGCCAUCGAGGGCAUCCUCAUUAAACACGUGCUGGACCCAAACAGCUCCAAGAUGGGCAGCAGAGCUGGUGACAAGCCAUAUACCCCAACUGCCUGCGAGGAGCCAGAGGCCAGGAGCAGAAGCCACAGCCUGAAGCCUCCCGCCCAGCCCAAGAACAGGGAACCACAAUUGCACCCCCAGGGCCAGCUGCAAGCAGCCACUGUCUACAGCCAGGACCCUGCGCCCCACCAGGAGAAUGAGGAUGAGUGUGCAGCAUGCGGUGACGGUGGUGAGCUCAUCUGCUGUGACGGCUGCCCCAGGGCCUUUCACCUUGCCUGCCUGGUGCCCCCGCUGCCCCACGUCCCCAG